AUGGCGGCAAACACAAUCUGCGUCAAUUCGAAAUCCACGGCCGCAAAUAUGAUCAGCAUCAAUUCCCAAAGCAUUGCCACUGAUUCUUCGAACUUACUGGGCCAAGUACAACAUGCCCUUCGCCAGGCGGCAAAUUACUCAAUCCAGCGCCAACAUCAGGACGGCCAUUGGUGCGGUGAGCUGAAAUCCAACGCUACAAUCACGGCCGAAUAUGUGAUGCUUCGCCAGGCCUUGAACCUGGACAUGACAGUAGAUCGCAAUGAACUAGUUGCUUGGUUCUUGUCAGAUCAAAACCCAGAUGGAUCAUGGUCACUCGCACAGGGCGAUCCAGGUGAAAUUUCGACCUCAGUCGAGGCCUAUUUUGCAUUGAAACUCCUUGGUGUUGAGCCAGACACAUCGAUCAUGCGAAAGGCCCGAGACUUCAUUAUCUCUGCUGGUGGUGUCGCCAAAGUGCGGAUCUUCACGCGCUUCUACCUAGCAACCUUCGGGCUUUUUCCAUGGAGUGCGACCCCAGAGCUUCCUGCAGAGUUAAUCAUGAUGCCCAACGCUGCGCUUAUUAGCAUUUACCGACUUGCAUCGUGGGCACGCAGUACCAUUGUACCUCUUCUGAUUGUUUCACACCAUCGUCCAAUUUUCGCCCUCCCAAACGGCAAGUCCGACACAAAUGACUUUUUGGACGAGCUAUGGGGUAAUCCAGCACAAAAGAAUGUGCCCUACUCCCCACCCUUUUGGCAACUUGUGAAAACCGAUGCCGUGGCCACGAGCUUUGUCGUGAUUGAUCGCAUUCUGCAUAUGCUCGGUGGAUUGCGUAAUUCUCCCACGCGUUACUACGCCAGGCGGAAAUGCAUCGACUGGAUUCUGGAACAUCAAGAGACAGAAGGCGACUGGGCUGGGAUCUUUCCGCCAAUGCAUGUCGGUAUAUUGGCAUUAUGCCUUGAAAGAUACACUCUUAAGGAUUCCCCCGUUCAAAAAGGACUCGAGGCCAUCGAGCGCUUUGCAUGGUCCGAUGAAAGGGGUAAGAGGGUGCAGGCUUGUGUUUCUCCCGUGUGGGAUACAAUUCUCUCCACCAUUGGACUUUGCGAUGCUAACAUGGCCUCACAUCACACUGCUCAUGCGAUGAAUUGGGUCAAACAUCGCCAGAUCUGUGGUCCAGAGGGCGAUUGGAGGGUCUUGAAGCCGAAUAUCACUGCAGGUGGAUUUAGCUUUGAGUAUUUCAACCGAUGGUACCCUGAUGUGGAUGACACCGCUGCUGCAGUUCUGGCCAUGAUCAAACAAGAUCCCCAACUGAAGGGCUCCUUGCUUCCGGUUAUCAAGGCCGUGCAAUGGAUUCUUGGUAUGCAGAACAAUGACGGCGGAUGGGGUGCAUUUGACAUCCACAAUGAUCGCCUGUUCUUGAACAAAAUUCCCUUCAGUGACAUGGAGGCGCUAUGCGACCCUUCCACGGCAGAUGUCACGGGCCGGGUCCUCGAGGCAUUCGGACUUCUUUGCCAAGGAACCAGCAAGCUCCCAGUCAAACUGGUCAGCGACAUGAGUGCUGCCUGCGACCGUGCAGUUCUGUAUCUCAAUUGCACACAAGAAGCUACCGGUGCAUGGUAUGGCCGGUGGGGAGCGAACUACAUAUACGGCACCAGCAAUGUGGUCUGUGGCCUAGCUCUCUUUUCCAAACAGGAAAACUAUAAACAAGUUGUGGCGAAAUGCCUCGGCCCUGCACACGCGUGGCUGAGAGAAAUUCAAAAUUCCGACGGUGGAUGGGGGGAGACAUUGGAAUCUUACAGAGAGCCCCAAUUGGCUGGCCAUGGUCCCUCUACUGCUUCGCAGACAGGUUGGGCCUUGAUGGCGCUCCUCGCCCAUCCUCAACACAACCAGAAGGCGAUCCAAAGUGGAGUGGAGUAUCUGUUGCGAACACAGGCUCUAUCCGAUCAUGCUGAAGAAGCAUCAUGGCCAGAAUCCCGCUACACAGGGACGGGCUUCCCAAACCACUUUUUCUUGGGGUAUAGUUUAUAUCGUCACUAUUUCCCUAUGAUGGCACUGGGACGAUACGCAGGCAUGCACGGUCGGACGUAA